CUUCCGCUCGUUGCCACAUGGCUACAGUGGCCUUUUUUUCUUCCCCCUCUUCUUCUUCUUCCUCUUCUUCAAAAACACGCUCCCUCCUCCUCACUCAAACCAACAAUGGCUCUUAUCCUAGACCCAUUUCUUCCUUCCCACACUUCUCUCCCUCUUCCCCCAAAAACCAACCCCAUCACCUUCUUCCUCGCUGCCCCACCAUCAAGAUGCCCUGCCACAUCCACGGCGGCGGCGGCGGCAGCAGCAGCAAGACCGUUCGGUCCGUCGUCUCUCAGGCUCCGCGCCGUGUCGGGAAUCACGGAGGCGCCUCUCAUUGGCCAUGAGGAGGAGUCGGAGGAGGUCCAGGAGGGCAGGCACACGGUGCAGUACGACUGGACGGAGGAGUGGUACCCCUUGUACCUCACCGCGGACGUGCCCGACGACGCACCGCUCGGGCUGAAGGUGUUCGACAAGCAGCUGGUUCUGUACCGGGACGGUGGCGGCGUUCUACGGUGCCACGAGGAUCGGUGCCCCCACAGGUUAGCAAAAUUAUCAGAAGGUCAGUUGGUUGAUGGAAGGUUAGAGUGUCUGUACCACGGCUGGCAAUUCGAAGGAGAAGGAAAAUGUGUCCACAUACCCCAGCUUCCCUCGGAUGCAAAAAUCCCUCGAUCAGCCUGCUUGACGACCUAUGAGGUGAAGGACUCCCAGGGCGUGGUGUGGGUGUGGAUGUCCCAGAAGACGCCACCGAAACCCGAGAAACUUCCGUGGUUUGAGAACUUUGCACGGCCCGGGUUCCAGGACACCUCGACCAUUCAUGAGCUGCCAUAUGACCACUCGAUCUUACUUGAGAACCUGAUGGACCCUGCCCAUAUCCCCAUCUCACACGAUCGGACAGACUGGACCGCCAAAAGGGAAGAUGCCCAGCCCUUGUGCUUUGAGGUCACGGAGAGAACUGACCGGGGGUUCGCAGGUUGGUGGGGAAGGGAGAAGGAUGGCUCAAUGCCCAAUUUCUUACGGUUCGACGCGCCUUGUGUGCUCCAAAAUAACAGAGAGAUCAUUGGGAAGAAUGGGGAGAAGCAUUACUUUACAGGCCUGUUCCUCUGCAGGCCAACCGGGCAGGGGAAGUCAAUGCUCAUUGUCAGGUUCGGUGGCACAAUGAGGUCUCCGCUAGCGAAGAUAUUCCCGAAAUGGUACUUCCAUCAGAAUGCGAGCAAGGUUUUUGAGCAAGACAUGGGUUUCCUCUCAUCGCAGAAUGAGGUGUUAAUGAAGGAGAAAGUCCCCACAAAGGAGCUCUACCUCAAUUUGAAGUCUUCUGAUACUUGGGUUGCCGAGUAUCGGAAGUGGAUGGACAAGGUUGGGCACGGGAUGCCCUACCAUUUUGGACACAGCACAAUUUCGCUGCCUGAACUUCCUGCAGUGGUGGAGCACGCGCCGGCUGGGUUAGUUGCCGGAGCUUCAGCGUCUUCUCCAGCAAAGGGAGGUCUUGCGGCGAUGCACGCCCCAAAUCUAGCCAACAGGUACUUUCGGCACGUGAUUCAUUGCAAGGGAUGUCGAGCAGUUGUGCAGGCAUUUGAGGCCUGGAAGAACGCUUUCGUUGCUAUAGCCGCUGCCCUGACAGCAAUGGCGAUAUUAGCAUGCAGUCGGCAAUGGAAGGUUGCUCUCUUGGUGUCGGCCGCUGCUAGUCUAGGCGGCGCUUAUGUUUGCUCGACAGUUGUUGCAAUGAAUACAACAAACUUCAUCAGGACCCACAGGAGAUUGUGAACUGAGGAGGGAAGUUAUGUUCAUACCUUUUCCCGUGUGCAGUUGCCUUCGAUUUUACACUGAUAUAGGACAGCGAUACUCAAUGUGUAGUUCCUUAAAUAGAUUGUGCUGCAAGUAUCUGUUCAAAAGAGGGCGUAGCGCAGUCGCGCACAUCCUCGUUUGUUGACUUAGAGGUCACAAGUUCGAUACCUAAUGAGAUUAUCUGUACUCUUUUAUUAAUUAUUUAAGAUUUAUCUUUCAUUGUAUUAUGCCUUGAGCUUUCUUUGUAAUCGAAAAGAAUGUAUGCUGUUCGGGUUUCCGACUUUCA